AUGAGCCCAGAAAGGUCGCUAAAUGGACAGACGGAUACGGAAUUCAUUUACAAGGUUGCCAAGUACUGUGUUCGAGUAGCGUCGGCCCAUUUAGAGUUAGGGAGCGAUGGAGACGAAGGUGAUACGUUUAUAAAGAACAACUCUGCGAGGGUAGGGUCCUUUAUUGCUGAUGAGAGUGUGAAGUUCAUGUUCCUAUAUGCCGACAAAAAUGGGGUUUUGAAUGUUGCGUUACAGACAGCAGAGGUAGCAGGAAACGAAGCGAAAGACGGCCUGCUUGUAACGAUGGUAAAGAGUUUUCCGGUGUUAGAUCCUGGAAUUGCGGCUCAAAAACAGAUAUUUGCCUUAAACACGUCACCGGACGUAUCGCUAGCUGCUUUGGGCAACUUUAUGACCACAGGCAUCUCGUCACUAUUCGAAUACGCUGUUGGCGCUGGACGCAUCACAGGCGUUACCGACAGCUCAAUAUACAACAUGCGAUCCAAAAUCAGAGGUUUAACGAGGAUGCUUGGAAAUGAUCAUGUUUCGAUCUUAGUUCCCGACUUGGUAUCUGAAGUCCACCCACUGGUAGCUGAGAUGGCGGAAAAUGGCAUCACCAUCACCAAUGCCGCUGAUUUGGCGACCGCUGAACAUUUGCGGGACUCUUCUUUUCUUAAUUCUUUACAGACAACUGUAAUUGACUGGACACAAGCUUUACAGAGAUUAGUGGGCCUGACCCGAAAGGUGCAGGACGGAACCGCUGCCGACGAAGUCAGAUUCUGGGGUGACUACGAAAAGGGCCUACAAUCGGUACAGAAGCAGGUCAAUAAAAUCCAUAUCCAAUUAACUCUAGCUCUCUUACGAGAGGCCCGCAGAUCCCAGACAUCCUUUUUAGUGGCAUGCGACUCUAUAACCAAACGCUUGAAGGAGAUAAAAUCCUAUAACCAUUUCUUAGGAGAGAUCCCCGUUUCGGACCUACAGACAGCCGGCUCUCUUGACCAGCUGCGAGACCUACAAGUUCAACUCGGUGCUGCUCUAAAAAAAAUUAGAAUUUACCAAUACCCUAUUUCACGAUCGCCGGCGCUCGUGGAGCUUAUAAGCCAGGAAUUCGUGUCUAAGAUUAAGGAACUAGCUCCUGACCUGAAGAACCUGGACCUUGAGAGUCUUGACCCUAUAGCUCAAGAACUUCAAUUGAUGCUAAAAAAAUGGGAUGGAAUUGUAUCUGACCACACCUUGCUACUGAGAGAGCUCAUUCGGAAGAGAGGCGAAAAGCUAACUGGGGUCAAGAUUCAUUCCUACACCAGUGACUUAAAAUCACGAAUUAUCUUAUUUCUCGAGCUCAAACAUGGAAACCAAACUUUAGUCAGCGAGGUCUCUAGGGCGGGCCUUCACAAAUAUGAAAGGGACGUGUACAGAGCUCUCGAUCCUCUACAAUCGAUCAACUGUUUGCGAUGCUCCGGCGAGACGUGGAGGACUACGCACGAGGCGUACCUUCAGAACAUCAGAGCUUUGGAAAUUAAUUUGGUUCGAAACAUUAAAUCCGGGCUCCAGCAAUGUGAAUCGAUCAAUGAGGUUUUUUCGGUUAUGGACAAAAUCAAGCCCUUGUUGACGAGACCUAGAAUACGCGGCGGAUUACAAGAACAUCACAAGGUAUUGUUAAGCUUUACUAUGGUCGAGCUUUCGAAGCUAGAAGACAGGCUGUCGAAUGAGACUCUCGACAGUGGAGCAUCUCAUCUAAGAGAUGUAUCUGGUGCUUCCUUUCAUGCCAUACGCAACCGAGCCGUAAGGGGAAGGCUCAAUUCGAUUAUGUCCAAGCUGAGCGUGCUCUUGGGAGACCAAUGGAGGCAAUCUAAGGAGGGUCUAGAGUUGAAUGCAAAGUGUAGUGCAAUUCUUGCAUACACCGAGAGCAAUGAAAGAGCGGUUCAGAAAUGGAUUGCUGAUGCAGAGAAUUGCCAGAAUGCCUCGGAAGAGCCCAUAUUCAAAAUACAGAAACGACGCGCUGAGCUCGUCAUGCGCGUGAACUCCGAAAGGCUUUUCCAAAGCUCUUUCAAAGAGGUCCGAAAUUUAAAAUGGUUAGGAUUACCGAUCUCUAAAACGCUAGAAAAAACCUCCAGAGCUUUUAGAGCCAUAUAUCCAUUUGCUAUUGAGCUUGCUGAGCUGGUCGAUACAUUUUUUGUUACCAUAAAGAGGAUAAGAGAACGACCGCUUCUCCAUGCCCUGUUGGCCGACGAGUUUCGAAAAACAUUGUUUUUACUACGCCAAUGUGUAAACUUCACUUGGGAGGAUGCUAGUGUGAAUUCUAGCUCUUUCAAAGAAUAUGAAAAUCGAGCACACCUUGUAAAAGGAGGUCGGGCUCUUUUAGUUGAGUUCAAAGUUACUUGUGCCAAGGUGAUUAGCACGUACAAUGAUUUGGAGGGUUUGCAUGACUCACUUGUCCUGAAAAUAAAAGAGAUAACAGAUAGACAGUUCUCCGUCCCAGAUCUGGAAGCGUGGGUUGACAAGGUUCAAUCAUCGAGUGAUCAAAUUGCAAGGGCCCGAGUCGGUAAUUCGAAGGCAUUUCAAGAGUUUCUGGGGUUAAGUGUUUGUGAGGCCUUAACAAGAGUUGUUACAAGCUUUCUGGAGCAAGGCCGAUUGCCAAAACGGAAUCACAGUCUAAAGGUCGUUGGCGGAGAGAUUAAUAUUUCACCACCCCUGGAGGAGACUAAAACGACUUGGACACUGUAUGCUCAAGAAAUCUUAGAAACAGCUCUCCAUGUUUGGAAAUAUUAUCAAACUACCAGUACUUUAGAAAAUGACAGUUCAUGGAUACUCCAAGAUAAUGAUUUUUCUGUAAGGGUUUCAAAGGUGGUGGGAAGAUUUCUGCAGGAACAACAAGCUGUACUGAACCAAGGAUAUGAGAUGUUUGAUGCUUGGAGAAAAUACGAAGCUUUAUUUACUGUCUCACUUGAAAAGCUUUUUGAAAGACAGCCGGAAGACUUGGAGCACACAUACUUAGUCUACGAUGGCUUACUAGAAGAUACGAGGGAGAUUAUUGGGCUCGAUUCCCAUUUACACGUCUGUGCGUCUUUUUCAAUAUCUAUCCAUCACAUCAGAAGCGAAGUGCAUAAGAUAUUGAAAAAUUGGCGAUCAAUGAUUAAACUGAGGCUCACUCUUUUAUACUCCCAGAACUCAAGCGAUUUUGACCUUUAUAUCAACCAGGCCCGAAAACUACUGCAGACCGAAUAUUUAUCACUUGAACUGUCAUCGGUGAAUAAAUUUCACGAAAUUGUCAUCAAAACCCAGGAAAUUCAAAAGAACUGGGCCGCAAUAGAAAAGCGCCUCUACCUACUUCAUUUAGUUCAUAAGGUUUUGGGCGAGGGAGAACCAUACCGUGAACCCCCGUCGAUGGAUCAAUUGGAUUUCGAUGUAAAGUCUUUGAAGCAAAUUAUGGAAAAAAGAUCUGAGUGGUUUGGGGAAAAAAGACCAGAAGUGGCUCAUGCUUUGCAGAAAUGUCGUACUGCGCUUUCGGACGUCGCAACUAAAAUUGAAAAUUUAUGGGAAGAAAAGAAACACAAAUUCGGGGAAGAAUCUCCUAACGUGGUUCUCACUACUUUGAAUGCAUUAUCCGUUGAAUUAGAGGCUCAGCGGUCAAGGGCCAUCAAGCUUGAUGAGAUAUCGUCUGUGUUUUCCGUACUCCCUGUAGACUAUCGCACUUUGAACUCUGUUUAUACUGAUGUCAUCGAUCACAUCAAAUCUUGGGAGGCGAUUAGCGAGAAGUGGUCAACACUCGACUCCCUAAAAGGGCAGCUUUGGACUGAGCUUAAUGUGGAUGUGAUUAUUCGAAUACUUCACGAGCUUUUAUCUGGGGAAGAAUGCAGCGCUGAAAUAGUCUUCCAGAAAUUUUCCGCUAAUGUGCAUUCCAUUCUAAGCUCCCACAACCUUCUUAAGACACUUAAAUACCCCGGCCUAAGACAGCACCACUGGAAUGUUCUCUUUGCGGAAUGCAUAGAGGAUUAUAAACCAGGAGAACAAGUUGAUAUAUCGGCACUUACAUUGAGUGACAUUCUUUCUCUUAACCUCAAUAACAAUGAGCAAGUGAUUGUUCGAGUAUCAAGCGAGGCUCGUUCAGAGCUUCUUAUAUCCGAGACCUUAGCUGGAGUUGAUCAAAGAUGGAAAGAGAUGAAGUUCAAAUAUUUCCACCGCGCUCAAGGAAUCCUUUUGGUCAAAGAGUGGAAGCAUAUUUUUGAAGCUAUAACCGAUGAUUUGGACACUAUAUCAUCGAUGAAAAAUUCACCUCAUCACCAACCUUUUGAGGUGUCCAGACUAAAUUGGGAAGAGAGACUAAAUCAUCUGGCCGCCGUUUUAACUAAUUGGGCUGAGGCCCAAGAGUUGUGGCUACGUCUGGAUGGUGUGCUGGACAUUUGUAGCGAGAAGCACUCUUUGCGGCCCGAGGCAACAAAGUUCAAAAAUGUCACCUCAGAUUUCAAAUCCCUUUUGUCGCACGUCUUUGAGUCAGAACUAGUGUUUGAUAUUAUAGGUGAAGCACAUGUUCCUUUGCGCCUAUCAUCAAUUCUGGACUCUUUAAAAAAGAUCAUGGGCUCGCUUGAUGAUUACCUCGAGAGACAAAGAGAGCAAUUUCCCCGCCUCUAUUUCUUAGGAAACGAAGAUCUUCUACAACUUCUGGGAGCUGUGAAAGAUCUUCCACAAGCUUCAGUACACCUGAGUAAACUUUUCAAUGGCGUUGCUCGGCUCGUUCACACGAAUAACAUUAUCCAGGGCCUAGAGUCGCCUGAAGGCGAGCUCUUAUCGUUACAGCCGGCAAUUGAAGUUGGAAAACACCUUGAAAUGAAAGAUUGGCUAUUGAAAGUUGAAAAUUCUAUAAAGUCGUCAAUUCUGUUUUGGACGGAAAGGUGCCUCGAGAACAUUAGUACAAGAGGGCUAGAGUGUUUUGAGCAGACAUUCGAUCAAUACAUUUUUCAAGCUUUACUACUCUCACUCCAAAUCCGUUGGACAACAUUGAUCGAGAACGAUAUACUUUCUGUAGACUUCGCGUCAGUCUCAGUUGAAGUUACAUUGGUGUUGAAACAUUUGAAAUUCCUAUUACAGAGUUCGACUUGUAAGCUGAGACGAAAGAAGGCCGAGUCUUUAGUUAUUGAUUGCCUUCAUUUCAAAUGGGUCUUAGAAAAGUUGGUCAAUAUGGAUUCAAGAGCGCGGAAGGAAUUAUGGAGCAAUACUCUUAAAUAUUAUUUGCAUGAGAGGGCCCCCCCACUCGAGAAAAUUAAGGUCAAAAUUGCUAGUCACACCUUUCACCACGGCCUUGAAUAUAUCGGAGUACCAGAAAGGCUUGUAUGUACCCCUCUUCUACAGAAUUGCUUCAUCGCUAUGUCCCAUGCUUUAGCUCAAAAGAGAGGAGGUGCACCUUUCGGACCUGCCGGCACAGGAAAGACUGAGAGUAUCAAGGCUUUUGGUCAAAAUUUAGGCCGCAUGGUCCUAGUUUUCAAUUGUGAUCGAUCAUUUGAUUUUCACUCUAUGUGUAGGUUGCUUUUGGGAAUUGCCCAAGUUGGUGCUUGGGGCUGCUUCGAUGAAUUUAAUAGACUGGAUGAAAAUACCAUGAGUGCAGUCUCAUCUCAGAUUGGGGAGGUGCAGCAUGCCCUCUCUGCAAAGUGCGAUAACUUUUCUCUCUUGGGAAAAAUAUCAAAGCUCAGUCGCGACACGGGAUUAUUUGUAACCAUGAAUAUCGGGUAUUCGGGCAGACGUGAAUUGCCCGACAACCUAAAAAAGAAGUUUCGACAAUUCUCUAUGAAAAGGCCAGAUAAUAUUAUAAUUGGAGAGAUGUUAUUGGAAACUCUCGGAUUUACGAGUGCCGUCAAGUUUGCUCGAAAGUUGAGUACUUUCUUGGAGUACCUUGAACAGUGUUGCUCAGGUCAAAAGCACUAUGACUUCGGUUUAAGAAUGAUGAAAGCAGUUGUGAGAAACUGUAGAGUCCUCAAAAUUGCACAUCGUCAGCUUUCUGUAGAGGAGAUCCUUUACCAAAGUUUACAACAACUUCUGAUGCCUAGACUUACGGAAGGUGAUGAGUUAAUCUUUGAGGAGGCGUGCUCGCUACAUUUCCCUCAUCUACAGCCAAGGGUCCUCGUAAGUGGUUAUAUAGAUGGUAUCAGGGCUGCUUGUAAGCAACUGAAACUUAUGGCCAACAAUACUUUGCUACAGAAAUGCACUCAGUUCCUCGAUAUUCAGCAAUCACAACAGGCUGUUAUAAUCAGCGGCUUAGCAGGAAUUGGAAAGACAACAGUUUGGAAGGCAGCGUUAAAAGCUAUGGAGGUCAUGGAUCAGGUCGAAAACGUUACAUUUGUGAUUGAUAUUAAGGUUUUGACCAAAGAAGAAUUAUACGGAUCGCUCGAUCCUGUCACGUAUGAGUGGUCAGAUGGGCUAUUUACCUCAAUCUUGAGGAAAGUAAACCAGGAUCAAUUUGGUAGGUUUCAAAACACUCGCGUAUGGAUUAUCUUUGAUGGUGAUUUAGAUCCGGAAUACGCUGAAGCAAUAAACAGUGUUUUAGACGAUAACAAACUUUUAACGUUACCUAAUGGCGAGCGCUUGGACGUUCCGCUGAAUCUGAGUAUUAUAUUUGAAGUCGAAAAUUUGCAAGGAGGAACACCAGCCACUAUCAGUAGAUGCGCUGUUUUGACCUUAAACCAAUUUACUGCCACUCCUGCAGAGCUCUUAAAGAGUUUUCUCACAAGUACUUUAUCUCAAAUGGGCAUAGAAAGCCAAUUGGGAGAGCAAACCUCACUUCAAAUUUGUAACUUUGUUCAUGCCGAGAUUGGCAGCAUUAUUUUGGAGCUUUAUGCUAUGUCAGAGGGCCUCCCUCUGACAAUCAAUAUCGGCAUAAGUGGCGUUGUGCGCACGUUCGUUUCUCUUACAUCUUCUAAAAUUUUGAGACACAUUGACGCUAUUAAGAAGAUAUCAAAGCAAGAUUUCGAACUGUUUCUCAGAGCCAUUACUUACAGCAAUAUCGUUUGGGCCUUCACGGGAGCUUGUGACAACGAGAAUCGGAAAAAAUUCGAAAGUUUUUUUAGAGAAAAGCAGACCACUACAGCAUCUACUUUCGCGCCUGAAAUAUCAUUUACCGAUUACUUUAUUUUACCCGGUGAUGGUAAUGUAACCCCCAUCUCUACGCUUGUCCCCCGAGUCUCGCUAGAACCAUCAGAAAUUCUCAACCCGGACCUCAUGAUCACCACUAUCGAAACCCUAAAGCAUGAGCAAUUGGUUUUGGAUCACCUUCAAUCCGGAAAUUCUUCUAUCUUGUGCGGCCCCCCCGGCUCUGGCAAAACUAUGACAUUGUUCAAUGCGCUUAAAAAAACCGACCGCUUUGAACUAGUAGGCUUAACAUUCUCCAAGGAGACUUCAGUUGCCACUGUUUUGAAGACCCUCAAGCAUCAUACUACUGUUAUUGAAAGUGUAAACGAAAUGAUUAUGAUGCCUAAACAUGAGGAAAAAGAUAUUGUGGUAUUUUGUGACGAGAUAAAUUUACCCCACUGCGAUAACAAUGAUGAGCAACCUGUGAUUCUCUUACUGAGACAAAUUAUAGAGAAGAAUGGGCUUUGGGACUUAGAAAAAGGAAAGUGGAUCCGCCUGGAGAGAAUUCGUUUUGUUGGCGCCUGUAAUCCGCCGGACGGUGCAUCUAGGAAAAUUCUUAGUCGGCGUUUUACAAGGUUCACCCAUGUGCUCUUUGUUGACUAUCCCAGCGGCAGCUCCUUAUCACAUAUCUACAAAACAGUUUUUAGAGCUACUUUGAAGCUCGUCCCCGAUUUCAGAGAAUAUUACGAGGAACUUGCCAAUGCAUCUUUAGAAAUCUACCAUGCCUGUCAAUCAAAGUUUUCAAUGGCAAAGCAUUUCCACUAUAUAUUCUCACCUAGGGAUUUGACAAGGUGGACCAAGGGGAUAUACGCUAUUCUUUCAAAUACUUCAGUUCAUGAACUUUACGACUUACUAAUAAUAUGGAUUCACGAGGGCCUGCGUUUAUUUUCGGAUAGAUUAGUGGACACCCAAGACAAGAAGACAUUCGAAGAUAUUAUGCACGGCACGAUUUUGAAGUUCUUCCCUAAUCAAUUAGAUCCAUCUUUGAAUAUUCAUCAAAUACUGUUGUCAGACUGGAUUGGCGGUAAAUACCAAGUGGUAACUAGAGAGAAGCUUGCAAAGUUUGUGCUCGAGAAGCUGAGAGUUUAUGAGGAAGAAGAGAGCGAAUGUCACUUAAUACUUCACAACAAUUUGAUUGAUCACAUAGUGAGGGUUGACAGAGCGUUAAAACAAGAGCAGGGUCAUUGUAUAUUAGUGGGCCCCAGCCGAAGUGCAAAACGCGCAUUGGUAAGGUUUGUUUCGUGGCUUAAUGGCAUGGAAAUUGUUCAACUUGUUGUUCAUCGAAACUUUCACAUCACUGAGUUUGAUAAGCUCUUGAAAUUGGUCAUGACUAAAUGUGCUAUAAGGCAACAGAGGGUGACCCUUAUGGUCGAUGAUAGUAGUAUCCUGGAGUCCACAUUUAUUGAAAGAAUGAACACGCUUUUGGCUAAUUCGGAUAUUCCCGGUUUGUUUGAAGGAGAAGAACGCAUGAAGUUGAUGAGUGACCUCUCGACAAAAGCAGCAGAAUUAGGGCUUCUUCUAGACAGCGACGAGGAACUCCACCAUUGGUUUACUGAAUUGAUUUCGAAAAAUCUGCACGUUGCGUUUACCAUCAACAAUCCUGAAUCGAAAAAUGCUCUCAAUGUGAUCAGUUCACCAGCGCUCUUUAAUCGAUGCGUGCUUGACUGGAUUGGAGCAUGGCCUACCGCUGCGUUCGUAGAGAUCGGCCGUGAAGUACUAAAAUGGAUGCCAUUCCAGCAGAACGACCUCACCAAGAAAGUGGAAUCACCUCCGACCCUACUAAUCGAUGAAAUUAUUCAAGUUGCGCUUCAGACGUUUACGAAGUUUCAGUCACUGAGUAAGGGGAUAGUCGCACAUGGGAAAUACCUUGACCAUCUGACGACAUUUUGCGAUAUGUUUUUGGCAAAGACGUCCGAUCUUGAGACCUCUCAACGCUUCAUUGUUACAGGGUUGGACACGCUAAAAGAGUCAGUUUUAAACAUUCGGGAGAUGAGUUUGGACCUGGUCGCCAAAGAGAAAGCACUGAAGCUCAAGGAGGAUGAAGCAAGAAGGACACUUGACACUAUGUUAUCCACUCAAAAUGAAGCCGAAAGGAAGCAUGAAGCCACUGUGGAAAUUAGAAAAAUACUUGGGGUGCAGGAAAAAGAGCUUCGCUCCAAGAAAUUACAGAUAGUCCAAGAUUUGGAGCUUGUCGAACCAGAGAUUUUAGAGGCUCAAAGAGGCGUCAACAACAUAAAAAAACAGCAUAUGACUGAAGUUCGGUCAAUGCUUAAUCCUCCACAAAACGUUAAACUGACUCUUGAAGCCGUCUGUUUCGUUUUAGGUCACUCUAUGCCAGAGUGGAAAGAUAUUCAGCAGUUUGUCCGCAAAGACGACUUUAUUUCAAGCAUUGUUCAUUAUGAUACUGACCAUAUGAUGACUUCAUCUACCAGAAGCUACUUAGAAACGAAAUAUUUGUCAAAUCCCAACUUCAAUUAUGAAGCGGUAAACCAUGCUAGUCGGGCAUGCGGCCCAUUGUUUCAAUGGGUUGUUGCCCAAGUAAAGUAUUCAUCAAUGCUGAGCACGGUCAUGCCCCUGAAGGAAAGUGCGGAGGAGGUCGAGCGUGAUAUUUUUCAAGCUAAAACGAGACUACUGGCGGCCGAAGAUAUGAUAAGUGAUUAUCAAAAAAUCGUAGAAGACUCUAAGCUUGAGUAUGGAGAAAUCAUCCGAGAAAAGGAACUCAUUAAGACAGAACUUGCGCAAGUACAGAAGAAGGUGUCACGAUCUGAAAAGCUCUUGCAUAGUUUAUCAACAGAAAAAUCACGUUGGAAGGGCAGCAUCAUGUCUUUUGGUGACACUAAAAAAUGCUUGGUGGGCGAUAGCUUUAUUUCGUCGCUUUACAUGACGUAUUGUGUCGGCCAAGAUGAAAUAACCAGCAACAUAUUACUUUCGGAUUUCAAAAGACUUCUCACGCUUCAUAAUAUUGCGUUCAGCGAUGACUACAAAUUCAGCCAUUAUGUCGUGGACUACCGUGAGAAAUCAUUAUGGCAUAGUAAAGGUUUACCCUCAGACGAUAUGAGUGUUGGAAGGUUUCACGCCGCGUUGCAUGGUCCACAAUACCCUUUUAUCAUUGAUCCUGAUGGCAAUAUCACAAAUACCAUAAUAAAUCACUACGGGACUUCGUUGACUGUCACUAGUUUUCUUGACAGCGGAUUUAUUAAACGGUUAAAAAAUUGCUUGAGAUUUGGAGGCCCUAUUUUGAUACAAGAUGGAGAAUACUUUGAUCCAAUCAUUUCCGUAUUAAUAGCAAAAGAGCUCAAAAAGGUAGGUGGCAAAGAAGUCGUGAAACUCGGGGAAGACUUUGUUGACGUGGCAUCCACGUUCCAGCUUAUUAUUUCCUCAAAAAACCCAUCAUGUAAGAUCUCAAGUUUCGUCAGAGCUCGUAUGACAGUUUUGAACUUUACUAUCGACAAACAUUCGUUAGCCAGUCAGAUACUUGAGCAGAUACUGGCCCAUGAAAUGCCCGAGCUCUGCCAACAGAGGAAAGAGCUCAAUUCGCUUAACGGCGAAUAUAAAUUACGUCUGACCAACCUAGAACGAGAGCUUCUGGAAGCGCUCAGUGAAACAGGCCCCACACUUCUUGAAAAUGAUUUCUUGAUUCAGACCCUGGAACAAAUAAAAAUUCAAACUUCCGAGAUUGAAGGCAAAAUGCGGGAAACCCGAGGUGUAAUAGACAGGAUUGAAGCUAGUGUCUCCGACUAUCGUCCGUUAAGCGUGCAUGCUUUCACAGUUUAUUCCAUCCUGGAACAAUUAUCAGACUUCCAUUGGAGCUAUCAUAUAUCAAUACAAAGUUUCUUGGAUUGUUCCGAAUCGAUUUUCGGUAACUGUUUGGCUCAAGGAAAAACCAGGCCUGAUCAACUAUUGCUACUUUUCUAUCAGAGUGUCUUUAAAAUGUUUUCACCUGGCUUAACACAGGAGCACAGAGUAACCCUUGCCACGCUUUUAUUCGUUUCAUAUUAUGAACCUGGAGAGAGCUCCUCGCUUUCUAAUGUGAUUCACGACUUGAUGGUAACUUUAUGCAAAUUGCCCAGUACUACAGCUGAGGAUUCAGUAAGCCAUUGCAAAGUCAACUUCAAACAGAAAGCUGCCGAGAAUUAUGCAGAAGAACUCAAGAAAGCGGUGGGAACGGACACCGUAUUUUCUGCAAUGCUCAGCUGCAUGAAGCUAUUUGGGGAUUUUUCGGUGUUAGACUUGGAAGGAUAUGUUUCUGAUUGGGGCAAGCUGCCAGUCUUGAUGCUCUCUGAGAAGGGUACGGACGGAUCAUAUCGCAUCAACCAGCUCGCUACAGAAGACUCAAACCGCAUAUCUGUUAUUUCACUGGGGUCAAAAGAGAGUACAGCUAUGGCAGAAGAGGCGUUGUCAAGAUGCAGCCAGUCUGGUACUUGGCUCGUUUUGCAAAACUUACAAAUGUCACCAGAGUGGGUCCAAUCGGUGCUUUCUAAGCGGAUAGAAAAUUUGAAAGCGGAUUCGCACGUUUCCAGCAGCUUUAAACUUUUUAUGACAUGCGAAUUUGAAGGCGGUUCUUUACCGCUGCCAUUAGUCAGAGAAUGCUGGCAUCUUCUUCAUAAUAGUGAAGGGGGAAUUUUAGAAUCGGCGCAAGAUGUCUGGGGUAUGAUACCUCACACCAGCAAUCCACCGAGAAGGGAAAUGCUCUACCUUCAAUUUCUUCUUUCUUGGUUACAUGCUCUGCUAGUGGAGUUCACCCGGCUGUGCCCUUUGGGCUUCUCAAAAAGGUACGAUUUCAAUGACGCCGAUUUUGAAGCUGGUGUUUAUUACUUGGAAACCGUUUUUCAAAAUGUCCAACUUCAAGGCAUUCCAUGGGAUGAAUUAAGGUUCAACAUCGGUUCAAUUAUUUACGGCGGUAAAAUUGACAAUGAAGAGGAUCAGGCGAAAUGCAAAAAACUAGCGGGUAGUAUUUUUGACGUAAAAGCCCUUUCUCCAGACUUUGAAUUGGCACCAGGUGUCCCUGUGCCAGAAUACAACGAAAGAAGUAGCUGGAUUAACUUUCAAAGUUGGCUCAAAAAGUGUCAACUACCUAGCAGCUAUUCUAAGUGGCUUGGAAUCAGCGAAAACGUUGAAAAAGAGAAGCAGAAGCUCCAGGCUGAUAAAAUUGCUCGCCUGCUUGUACGCCUUCUCAAUGACGCUUAA